CCCCAAACAAAACCAGUCACCAGAUCCUGGCGCCACUCAAUUCUCCCUCCCUGUCCAUCUCGGUCUUCGUUCCUGAAUCCACCAUCAUCUCGAAUGCCUCUGAAACUUGAAAAGGACGGCCCACUCGACCUCAUAAUACAUGUUGAGCAUCCAGGAUCCUCUUCCCGCGGCAACGCAACUCUGGCCAAACUCCGCCUUACCGGCUCUCAUCCCGCCUGGCCCAUCUCUCCCGGACCAGUUGAAUCAUUUUUCAGUCAACAAGUGAAAGAACAGCAAGUCGACUUUUAAAGCGACAUCUCACACGCGAAGCAUUUCUCUCCUCUCACUGUCACCAUCUCAAGACUCCAAAGAGAAACAAAACAAAGGAGCAAAAACACCCCGACACGCAGAGGCAAAUAACACACCCCGGACAAAAAACGAUGGCAUCACCACCCUCAUACACCGCCACGGCCGACCCCAGAAGGGACCGACUGCCGCCGUACAGGGCGUCGCACGGCUUCGCCAACAGCCAAGAGGAACUCGCCGCGCUCAGAGAAUUCGCCGAGUCCAAGUUGUACGUCGAGCCCGGGUCGAAUGGUAUGUUGCCCGACGUCCGCGGCGGGGCGGGAGGGCUGCAGUCCCUGGCGUGGGGAGGGCCGACGGGGUCGCGCAAUCCGUACUGGGAGGUCGGCUGGCCCGAGCCGGAGAGCAAGGAGGAGCGCAAGAGACGCAAAGAGCAGGAGAAGCAGAGGAAGAAGGAGGAGAAGGAGCGGGACAAGGACAAGGACAAGGACAAGGAGAACGAGCGGAGAGGCAGUGUGGCCGAGAGGCUGAUGAGGGUCAUCAGUCGAGGCAGCAGUAAAGACGGCGACACGGUUUCUUGA